UCUUACGUGUCGUACGGCGAUACCGUCGCCUUUGUGCGCCCGUUUCACGGAAUAAACCGGGGAAGAGCCGCGCGGAUCGGCGUGGAACGCGGACCGGCGGACGCGGCGCUCGUCGAGGAAUCCGCGGAUGGAGGUCGCAGCCUCGUGACCGGCCGGAUCUCCCGUCAAGAUGCCUGAUAGACUCGCGUUUCUCAAAUUGUGGCACGCAUGAAUUAAACGAAGAGUACUGUGGGUGUUAAAGUAACGAGGGAAUUGGAGAAACAAACUAUAUUCGAUCGAAAAAUAUUUGUUUUAUUUCAUUAAUUUUAGACAAUUUUAAAUAUUAUAAUUUUAAAUAUUAUCUGAAAAUGACAGAGCGCUUAAGGGACAGAAUCGAUGUCAUUUGUGUUAUGUAUUAGCUCAUGCUGGGAAAGAAUCUUGCCUCGAGAUAGUGAAGGAAAUGCGAAAGUAUAGAUGUCAGAGACAGGGGAGGAACGUGCUGUUAGACUGUAUACGGCUGCGGAGAUAAUGAAAAACGCCAGAGCCAAGGAAACCGAGGAGCAGGCGGCAUUAAGGAGAAUGCAGGAAGCUCAACGAAUGGCCAGACAUCGUGCCAAGAAAAAGCGUUGCCUAGACGAGAAUCUCGCGAGGGAGAUUUCUAAGAUUGCCGAGCUGUCCAAGAUGCCCGUUCCCGAUUCCGCUACGAUAGCCCAGAUGUCCGAGAUGAAUAUGAAUAAAAUAUCCGCGGAAUUGAAGCAAAUGAUGGAGAGGGGAAAAGUACCUGAGCAUAUAGUUCAAAUGGCUCAACUGGCGGAGUUCAACAAAAUGAAUUCUGAAUUAAACAAGAUGUCGCAGGACAUGGCGAAGAGAUACGAAAUGGAGAAGAUGGCGGAAUAUGCCAAGACUACGGAAUACAUGAAGAUGCAGGAGAUCGCCAAGAUGAACGAGAUGGUGAAACUUUCCGAGAUGGCCAAGUAUAACGACAUCACGAAAAUCAAUGAGAUGGCGAAGAUGAACGAGAUGAUGAAGAUAUCUCAGAUGGCCAAGAUCAACGAGGUGCAGAGGAUGAACGAGAUAGCGAAACUGAACGAGAUGGUGAAAAUGACCGAGAUGGCAAAGUACAAUAAUGAUAUCACAAAAUUGACCGAGUUCGCGCAAAUCAACGAGAUGGCGAAAGAGAUCGCGAAGAUGAACGAAAAGACGAAGAUGAAUGAGAUGAUGAAGAUAGCGAAUAUGCAAAACGACAUCGUCAAGAUGGAAAGACCAGAUUACCAGAACGUUAAAAUGACAAAUGAAAUGGUGAAAUUGAACGAGCUGGCUAAGAUGAAUGAGAUAACGAUCACGAAGCUGAACGAUCCGCCGAAGGUACCGGAGAUCUCGUCGCUACCACCGCCACCGCGUAUCCCCGAGCCUGUGAUCACCGUGCCAAACCCGAGGAAUCUGCAGAACGUGCAGACCGUACAAGUGGCACAGGCCAGCCCGUCCAGCAUGAUCAACUACCAGAACGUAGCCGGCCAAAACAAUUACGGCAAGCUGUUGAAUAUCAUUGAGGAGCUCGGUAGGGACAUCCGUCUGUCCUACGCGGGCAGCCGCAGCGCCGCCGAGAGGCUAAAGAAUGGCAUUCAACAGGCGAGGAUCGCCGUGCGGGAUUGCUUGCACGAGACGCAACAUAAUGCGCAACAAUGAUCUGCCGACAUGAGUUAGAUAGCGAUUAGAUUACUUAGCUUUUUAUCAUUUCACGAGACGUUGCUUUGUACGAAUUGCUUAAAUUCGAACUGCGGUAUUAACACGACGUGAUAUAUACAGUAGCGAACGUACAUGCAUAGAUCGAGCAUUUUGUUUCUUAAAAUAAAAAAUUUAAAAAAAAAACAACAACCUAGACCGCUGUCCUUUCAUUCCACGCGAUACGUGUGUGGUCUCCUUUAUUCGAUCUUUCUCAGCUCGAUUCCUGCACGUACGUUGUUUGAACAAUGGCUGACAGUUUCCUAUUUUUAAGUUACAAUCUAGUACAUAGAAAUGGGAGGGACGGUACCAAUUUGUAUACACAUACUAUACUACGUAGAGAAUAUUAGAGUCUUAGUUUAUAUUUUAUAAAAAAGAAAACAGAAAAAAACGGUUAUAUCAUGGUUUUUGUUAAGACUCGCAUAUGCUGCAAAUUUUUAGUAUACGUUCCGAGUGAGAAAAAGGAAAGAAUGCAAAGUAAAAAAAGCUUUUCAAAUAUGUACCUAAUGGAAAGUAUAAUCCCGUAAAUAUUUCCCGUAAUAUAUCGUUAAAUAAAUAAAAAUUUUGUA